AUGAAUGUCCAGACCCCAGGAGAAGGAAAUUCCUUGGGACAUGUGCUGAAGAUGCUGGUGGAGAUCCCAUUGAAAGAUCCUCUUCUUAGGGGAACCCACUUCAAGGUGGGAGAGGAAAACAAAUGGGUAGAAUUCAGUGUGGUGGGUGAACAAAGUAGCCAAGGGGAACCAAACCCUACUAGGCCUAACUGCUCUUUGAUUCAUACUCAAAAGCAGAAUGAGGAUCUAGUUGAACAGUUGCCUUUUGAGUCUAGUAAUGUUAGGGAGGGUACUAGCAUCCCCCCUGAAACUAAAGUUCCAAGUUCUGAAGAACUCAUUCCCACAGAGUCUAACCUAGUGGAAGUUAGUGUUCAUCCUCUACCUAUGGGUAGAAGAAUUGUUUAUAGAAAAAAGACUGCUGCCUCUAAUAGCCAAACUCAGAAUUCUUCUGGACCUCCUGAGGACAUGUUGGUGGAUAACAUGGACAAUACCAGGAGUGUUAGAGGUAAGGCAGCUGUUAAGAGAAAUAUUGAGAGUUUCCAAAAGAAGCCUUUUGCAUGGUCGAAGCCCAAUUCUCAACCCUCUAACACACAGUUUGCUCGCUCCUUAGUAAGGAAAAAAAAUCAUAAGAAAAUGGCAGAGAACGGUGAAUUUAGCUUCAGCGUGAAGGGGCGAAACAACCUCCCGAAGAUCCAGACGCAGAAGAAGGCGGAUGACAAGGCGGAGAGCGAGAUCUGCCACGACGACAGCGCCCGCCCGGUGAAGGCGCAGACGCUCGACGAGCUCCACUCGCUGCAGAAGAAAAAGUCGGCGCCGACCACGCCGCUCCAGGCGGCGCAGGGCCCGUUCGCCGAGGAGGAGCGCCAGAAGCAGCAGCUCCAGUCGAUCAGUGCAUCUCUGGCGUCGCUGACGAGGGAGACAGGGCCGAAGGUGGUGAAGGGAGAUCCGGCGAGGACGGCGGAGACGCCGCGGGUGGCGGCAGCUGCUGCGAGCUAUCCGCAGCAGGACCUCUUUGCUCCCACUAACAUCAGCGACAGUUCCCUCAAGUUUACGCACAUCCUUUAUAAUCUCUCCCCUGCUGAACUUUACGAGCAAGCAAUACACUACGAGAAAGGGUCUUUUAUCACGUCAAGUGGUGCACUUGCCACAUUAUCGGGCGCGAAAACAGGACGUUCUCCUCGAGAUAAGCGCGUUGUCAAAGAUGAAACCACAGCCGACGAUCUUUGGUGGGGAAAGGGCUCACCGAAUAUUGAAAUGGACGAGCACACUUUCAUGGUCAAUAGAGAAAGAGCCGUGGAUUACUUGUGCUCAUUGGAAAAGGUUUUUGUGAAUGAUCAAUUCCUUAACUGGGACCCUGAGCACCGCAUUAAAGUUAGGAUCGUCUCGGCAAGGGCCUACCACUCUCUGUUUAUGCACAACAUGUGCAUCCGGCCAACUCCGGAGGAGCUGGAGAACUUUGGUACGCCUGACUUCACGAUAUACAAUGCCGGGCAGUUUCCGUGUAAUCGGUACACCCACUACAUGACCUCGUCUACUAGCAUAGACUUAAAUCUUGCUAGGAGGGAGAUGGUCAUCCUUGGCACACAGUAUGCAGGGGAGAUGAAGAAGGGCCUUUUCAGCGUCAUGCACUAUCUCAUGCCCAAGCGACAAAUACUGUCUUUACACUCUGGUUGCAAUAUGGGGAAAGAUGGAGACGUGGCGCUCUUCUUUGGUUUAUCAGGUACUGGUAAGACAACAUUGUCUACGGACCACAACAGAUACUUGAUAGGUGAUGAUGAGCACUGCUGGAGUGAGAAUGGUGUGUCGAACAUUGAGGGUGGUUGUUAUGCUAAGUGCAUAGACUUGUCGAGGGAGAAGGAGCCUGACAUAUGGAACGCAAUAAAGUUUGGUACUGUGCUUGAGAAUGUGGUGUUUGAUGAGCACACACGAGAAGUGGACUACUCGGACAAAUCCGUGACAGAAAACACUCGAGCUGCAUAUCCAAUUGAAUUCAUUCCAAAUGCUAAGAUACCAUGUGUGGGCCCGCAUCCCAAAAACGUCAUCCUAUUGGCAUGUGAUGCCUUUGGCGUGCUACCCCCAGUCAGCAAGCUCAGCCUGGCCCAAACCAUGUAUCACUUCAUAAGCGGCUACACUGCCCUGGUGGCAGGGACAGAGGACGGUAUAAAGGAGCCUACGGCUACAUUUUCUGCAUGCUUUGGUGCAGCAUUUAUUAUGCUACAUCCCACGAAAUAUGCGGCCAUGCUAGCCGAGAAAAUGCAAAAGCACGGGGCAACUGGAUGGCUUGUGAACACAGGCUGGUCAGGUGGAAGCUAUGGGUCGGGAAGUCGGAUCAAGUUAGCUUACACUAGGAAGAUAAUUGAUGCCAUACACUCUGGGGCCCUCCUGAAUGCAAACUAUAAGAAGACGGAAGUUUUUGGGCUUGAGAUCCCCACUGAAAUUGAAGGCGUGCCUUCAGAAAUUCUCGAUCCUGCUAAUACUUGGUCUAACAAGAAUGCACACAAGGAAACUCUUCUGAAAUUAGGAGGUCUCUUCAAGAAGAACUUUGAGGUGUUUGUCAACUACAAGAUUGGGACCGACAACAAGCUGACUGAGGAGAUCUUAGCAGCUGGACCGAAUUUCUAA